GAGUGUCCUACGGUCAAUACUGUUAUGGUGUGAGCGUCUGGGAAUUACAGUUUGGACUCAUCGGCCCUGACAAACUCGCUUGGGCUAACAGGUCGUAGUAGGAAAUGCUGAAACCCGGAGAUCCCAGCGGAUCUGCUUUUCUAAAAGUGGACCCAACUUACAUCCAGCACUGGCAGCAGCUCUUCCCACAAAGCCAGCUCAAGAAUGCGGCACUCGCACAGCUCCAGCCCGCCGACAGAGUGGCUAUACCGGUGGAAAGUCUUCGCCAGCGACCUCACUUAAUCUCGUCAGCGUCUACAUCAGUUGCUUUAACACCGUCCUCAAUGUCCUCGUCGGUGUCGUCUUUAGUGGGUUUAACUCAGCUCUCUGGUCCGCAAAUCGCGCUGUUUGGCCAGACUAUUUGCUCCGACAUUACAGCAGCAGACAACAGCACAUCCCAAGCGAAAGAACUUUGCCUGCCAUCAAACUUUAAAAAUGACAAGGACUCCAGGUUGAAACUGACCUCUGAGGAGUUAGACUACUACUUGUAUGGACAACAGAGAAUGGAGAUUAUCCCCUUAAACAAUCAUACCGGCGACCUCAAUAACCGCUGUGACAUGUGUGCAGACAACCGGAACGGGGAGUGCCCCAUGCAUGGGCCCCUGCACUCACUGCGGCGGCUGGUGGGGACAAGCAGCGCCUCUACCGCCGUGCCCCCUCUGGAGGUGCCGGAGUGGCUGCGGGACCUACCCCGUGAGGUCUGCCUCUGCACAAGCACUGUCCCUGGUCUGGGUUACGGCAUCUGCGCUGCCCAGCGCAUCCCCCAGGGUACUUGGAUCGGGCCCUUUCAGGGUGUCCCUCUGCUCCUGGAUAAGUUACAGUCUGGAGCAGUGCGGAACACCAGACACCUAUGGGAGAUCUAUGACCAAGAGGGCACAUUGCAACAUUUUAUCGAUGGUAAUGAACCAAGCAAGUCGAGUUGGAUGAGGUAUAUCCGUUGUGCCAGACACUGUGGGGAACAGAACAUGACAGUGGUUCAGUACAGAUCUUGUAUUUUCUACCGGACUUGUCUGGACAUUCCACGAGGAACUGAGCUUCUGGUCUGGUACAACGACAGCUACACCUCCUUCUUCGGUAUUCCCCUGCAGUGCAUAGCACAAGAUGAAAACUUGAAUGUGCCAUCUACUGUAAUCGAGGCCAUGUCCCGGCAGGAGAGCCUGCAACCCUUCAGCAAGACGUCCAAAUCCUCGUCGGGCGUCCUGCAGCGCUCCAUGGUUUUCCCGCACUCGCCCUGCUCCCGGAGCUUCUCCCUGUUGGACAAGGCAGGCAGCGUGGAGUCAGGCUUCAACCAGCUGAGCUCCAAGAACCAGCGGGUGCUGGCCAGUCCCACCUCCACCAGCCAGCUCAACAGCGAGUUCAGCGACUGGCACCUGUGGAAGUGCGGCCAGUGCUUCAAGACCUUCACUCAGCGCAUCCUUCUCCAAAUGCAUGUGUGCACACAAAACCCCGACAGGCCGUAUCAGUGCGGACACUGCUCCCAGUCCUUCGCUCAGCCCUCAGAACUGCGUAACCACGUGGUCACACAUUCCAGUGACAGGCCCUUCAAGUGUGGCUACUGUGGCCGAGCCUUUGCCGGGGCCACCACGCUCAACAACCACAUCCGCACGCACACUGGGGAGAAGCCAUUCAAGUGUGAGCGGUGUGAAAGGAGCUUCACGCAGGCAACACAACUCAGCAGACACCAGCGGAUGCCCAACGAGUGCAAGCCCAUCAGCGAGAGCAGUGAAUCAAUCGAGGUGGAUUAGCUGAUUGACCAGGCCGGAAUUAAACGGCAAGGGAAAAUCAUGAUUAAAUGUCACGGACACUUAAGCAAAACCAAAGAUUUCCUCUGAGAAACUCUCAAUCAGCCCUAGAAAACCAAAAGCAGUAAUAAAAUAAGUAAGAUGUUAAGAGAUAUUGAUCCUGACACAGAUAGGGGGCUGGAUGUUUUGGGGUAGGAGAGGGGCAAGCAG